AUGAAUGCUCUGUGCAUUCGGUCAAGAUGGGGUCCGGUUCGGGUGGCGACGAAGCUCGGCCUACUGCGGCUCUGUCAACGUUCAAGUCUUUUUUCUAAUUUUUUCUCAACCUUGUCCGAUCAGUCCAGAUGCUGGACAACGGUGCGAAUAGAUUGUGGUGUUUCGGGGCACAUAAUUAUUGAUUUCUUCAAUCAGCAACUCCUUCGGGAAGAUCCAACGGCACCGCUCGUUGUUUAUUUACCACCAACUGGUAUUCGCCACUCAAAGCAUCAACCGCCAAUACCUUCUUAUCUUCUGUCCUCUUCCACAGUCCUGGCUCGGAUCAACUACCGAUGGAAUAUUCCUAGCGCUUAUUCAUUGGGCGCAUCUGAUAACCACCCUUUCCCAGUGCCACUUCAUGAUACCGUUCGAGGCUGGUCGCACAUCACUGAAAGGCUUGUCUCAUCUUAUCAGUCAUUUGAACUAUCCGCAGAACCUAUAGCCCAAACAAGUGAAUUAGACGCCUCACAUCUUCCGGUAAAAACAGGCUAUCCAGUUCAGAGACCAGUUUUCAUCUAUGGCACGUUUCUUGGAGGUACCCUUGCAACAUCGUUGGCUUUAACUGAGAAUUAUGUAUUGAGAGAGAACCCCUUUCGAAUCCGUGGAUUAAUUGCCAAAAACGCAGUCUUUGAUUGGGUAAGCAUUGUUACUGACGCUUUUUCUCGAUCUAUCCCAAGAACUCUCCCCAAGACCCCUCAAAAUAGCCAAUACACAUGGAAUGAAUCCGACUUAAUUAGAUUGAGGAAAAAACUUUUUACAAAACCGAAUAGGUGCUUUGACGCCUUUGCAUCCCCUAUGCUAUUUUUUCGCACGGCAGGAGUGCCUCCUCCCUGUAAUUGGACUGAGAGUUAUAAAUCAUCAUACCCACUCUCCUCAGAAGGUGAGAGAAGCAAAAAUAAUCCAUCAAAAGAUGAAGUCAGGUCGAAACUCCCAGACCGCUUGAAUUCUAGAUAUUGGUUCGGUUUCGAGGAUUUCGACCCGCCAAAGCCAAAGUUUCCUUAUAAAGUGUCGAACUUCGAACUUGCAUAUAAGCGUGCAUAUUUAUUCUACCCUCAAGCAUCCCCUUGGUUAGAGAUUCCCAGUGUACUUAUUCUCUCAAAUAAUCAGAGGAUAAAAUCAAAUAAUCAGGAUCCAACAGAAGAAAUAAAAGACUUUCAAGAGACGUCGAUGGAGAUAAAUACAAUGCGCCAAUCAAAAAUAAUGGUAAACCUCAUUAAACGUCAAUCAGGCUUCAAAAUAGACAAUAACGAUCAAAUGGUAAACAAUGGUGACAUCCAAAUGCAUGAAAUUGACGACGAUGAUGAGGCAGAAUCUGAAGCUGUGAAGCAAUGGAUGGAAACUCGGCUAAAAUAA